AUGCACUCCAAGCUUCUCCUCUCGGCCCUCGCCGCCGCCGGCCCUGCUGCCGUCUCCGCCGAGACUGUCCUGGGCGUCUACGUCUUCCAUCGCCACGGCGACCGCACCACCAAAUCCUAUCCGCCCACGAGUCUGACCGCUCUCGGCGCCGACCAGGUCCACGACUCGGGCACUUUUUACCGCAACCGCUACGUCGCCAAGGACGGCUCCGAUCACAUCUCCACCCUCUCCCAAGACGCCGUCGUCCUCUCCCAGCUCAGCAUCACCUCCCCCAAGGAUGGCGUCCUCCACAACUCGGCCACCACCUUCCUCCAGGGCCUCUACCCGCCUCGCGGCGAUGCUGGUAACGAGACUCUCGCCAACGGCAAGUCGGUUCAGGCCCCUCUUGGCGGCUACCAGUACAUUCCCGUCGAUGCCGUCUCAGAGGCCGCCACCAUUGAAAAGGCCGAGAGCAACGCCUGGCUCCAGGGCAACACGGGAUGUACCAACGCCGAGGUCAGCUCCAAGAGCUACUUCAACUCGGCCGACUUUCACAAAACCUCGGCCGAUUCCGACGACUUCUACCAAAGCCUGAUGCCCGUCAUCAACUCGACUUUUUCCUCCACAGAGGCCACUUUCAAAAAUGCUUACACCGUUUUUGACUACAUCAACGUCGCCUCCAUUCACAACCAGACUAUUCCCUCUGGCCAUCUCGUCAAGCCCGCCAUGCCCCGUCUGCUCAGCCUCGCCUCCAUCCACGAGUGGAACCUGGCCUACAACAGCUCCGAGCCCGUCCGGGCCAUUGCCGGCUCCGUCCUCGCCGGCCAGGUCCUUGGCGCCCUCGACGCCCUCGCCAAGGGCACCAAGGGCGCACCCACCUUUAACGCCCAGUUUGGCGCCUACGGCACCUUUAUGGCCUUUUUCGGUCUCGCCCAGUUGCCCGCCGCCAGCUCCAAUUUUUACGGCAUCUGUGACUACGCCUCGUCCAUGGCAUUUGAGCUCGUCACCAAUGCUACCGCCGGCUCCGACGGCAAGUACAACCCCGAUGACCUCUCCGUCCGCUUCUUCUUCGCCAAUGGCACCGCCACCGGUUCCUCCUUCAAGCAGUGGCCCCUGUUUGCCCAGAAAGAGACUACCCUCCCCUGGUCCGCCUUCAAGGAUGGCAUGAACAACUUUGCCAUCCAGGACAAUGCCCACUGGUGCAACACCUGCGGCAGCACUUCGGGCAAGUGCGCUGCCAACGGCACCUCAUCCGACGGCGGUUCUGCCUCUACCCACUCUUCCGGCUCCGGCGGCGUAUCCCGCGCUGUUGCCGGUGUCAUCGGCGCCCUUGUCACCCUCGCCGUCGUCCUUGGUGUCCAGGCUGCCAUAAUGCUCAUUGGCGGCUUCCGUCUCAUGAGAAAGUCUUCUCUCCGCUCGCAGCGCAGCGCGGAGGCUGGCAUCAAGGCUUAA